AGAUUAUGAUUAUUAUGAGAAACUGCUGUCACUGUAAUUAUUUGAAAUGGUGUAACUAUUGUUAUCCGUGUACCGCACGGGAUUAGUGCAAUAAAUUAUCUUGUGUCUGCAAUAUUAAUUUGAUUAAAGAAUAAUAAUGUCGGAAAUUCGCCACAGAAAGCCUGAAGCAGGUGAAGAAUCUGACAAGGCUCCUACAGUUUCAGAAACUGAAAGCGAUCAUAAAGAAGACGUGGAUUCAGAAGAUGACAAAGGUGUGAAGGCUGAUCUUUCUUCCACUAUUCCUAGUGGAACCGAUUCAACUCCUGAAGUAUUGGACAGUGCUUUGUCCGGAUUAUCUGCAAGAUGGAGGAAUUGGACUAUACGAGGCAUCUUCACGUUUUUGAUGAUAGGAGGCUUUUGCCUGAUGAUCUAUGGCGGUCCCCUGGCUUUGAUGGUUGUGACUCUGAUAGUGCAAGUGAAGUGCUUCGAGGAGAUCAUCAACAUCGGCUACGCUGUCUACCGCAUUCACGGCCUGCCCUGGUUCCGGUCUCUGUCCUGGUAUUUCCUCAUCACUUCCAACUAUUUCUUCUACGGCGAGAGUCUGGUUGACUAUUUCGGAGUGGUGAUUAACAGAACGGACUACCUGAGAGUGUUGGUGACCUACCACCGGUUCUUCUCGUUCUGCCUGUACAUCGGCGGGUUUGUGUGGUUUGUGCUGUCGCUGGUCAACAAGUACUACAUGAAGCAGUUCUCGCUGUUCGCCUGGACGCACAUUGCUCUGCUCAUCGUCGUCACACAGAGCUAUCUCAUCAUACAGAACAUCUUCGAAGGUCUCAUAUGGUUCAUAGUUCCGGUUUCGAUGAUAGUGUGCAAUGACGUGUGGGCCUACGUGUUUGGAUUCUUCUUCGGCAGGACACCUCUCAUCAAGCUAUCUCCGAAAAAGACUUGGGAAGGUUUCAUUGGCGGAGGUUUCGCUACUGUCAUUUUUGGAUUGAUUAUGUCGUAUUUGUUGUGUCAGUACAAGUACUUUGUGUGCCCGAUCGAGUACAGCGAGAAAAUGGGUCGCAUGACCAUGGACUGUGACCCAUCGCCCCUCUUCAGGCCCCAGGAGUACACGCUGCCCGAGUCUCUCUCCACUGUCAUACAUCUGAUUGGAUUCAAGCGAACAUUGACGAUCUAUCCAUUUGUUCUGCACUCUCUGUCAAUGGCGCUGUUCAGCUCAGUGAUUGGGCCGUUUGGAGGAUUCUUUGCCAGCGGAUUCAAGAGAGCUUUCAAGAUCAAGGAUUUUGGAGCCGUCAUCCCGGGACAUGGCGGUAUAAUGGACAGGUUCGAUUGUCAGUAUUUGAUGGCCACGUUUGUCAACGUUUACAUUUCCAGCUUCAUCAGAACUGCUACUCCACAGAAAUUACUCCAACAGGUUUACAAUUUGAAGCCAGAACAACAGUUGCAGCUAUUCUACACGUUGAAGGAGACGCUGGAAAAUCGUGGCAUACUUGGUCUGCCCUAAGCAGUUUCAAUGUUACAGGUUCAGUAUGAAUUAUUAUUAUCAUCCCUCAUCAGUGUUAGUUGUAAUCAUCUUUAUUCUCCCGUUCACCAACUUGCCAAUAAUAGAACCAAUAGAGAAAAGAAGAAGAAUAAGAAUCGAAGAAGAAGACGAAAAAAUCAACAACAAAGUUAUCUACUACUUCAGUUAUUGCUGUCUAAUAUUAAUUAAUAUUUAAUUAGGAUCUGUGAGUUGUUCGCUGUGUGUAUUCGUUUGACCAAGUUGAUGGGAAAAGUUGUGUUCAAGAUUUCAAAUUGUGCUAAAUGGAAUUAAUAUUUGUAGUAACUACAAAAUAGUAUGUGUGUGUUGUUUUGUAAUUUGAUGAUAAUUUUAGAAAUUAGGGAAUCGAGUUAAUAAUAUGGGCAUUCCUUUGAAAGGUCAACCAAAUGUUUUCCUGAAUUGAAAAUUAUUCAAAUUAACCAGACUGAGUUAUCUUGUCAAUCCUUGACUCAACUUUGGAAAAUAUUUAUCCAAGUUUAUUUUUGAAAAUUUUCCAAUUUAGCCAGAGACUGAGUGAAUCUUGUCAACCUGUAUGUGACUUUGAUUGAAAAAAUGAUAGUCAUCCAAAUCAGACUGAGCUAUCGUGUUGUUUAUGUAACGUAACUUUACAUGAUUACUUAAUCUAACAGAUCAAGUAGUAACCUUCUGUUGAUAAUUUUCAAAAUUUGUCUGGAACCGAGUUAAAUUGUUUCGUAGCUUUAUUUUACAUCAUCCUUGUUUAUUCAUGUUUUAAUUAAUCGAUUUGGAAUUUGCUACUUGUUUCUUUCAACCUACUUUCUUUCGUUUCCAAGGAGAGUCGAGUAGGUUUAAUAUUGAAAUGUCUCAAAAUUUAUCCUAGUCAAAAAUUCUGAAUCACAAUUUUUACAAGAUAUAAGCAUCAAUUUUCAAAUCACUUCAACGAUACUAAAUGAUAGAGUUUCAGACGAUCCUUAACAUUUGAAAUGAUCAAGGUUCAACUGAAUUACUAAAAACUAGUGUAAAUGCUAUUUUUUCCAUACAUUUUUAACUUUUCUUUUGCUAAGAAUGUAGCUCACAUGAGCCCUCGGCUUGUGCGUGAAAAAUGCCAGGGAUUAUGAGAGAUAGCAUCUCUUGAAUAAGAUAUACACCGUAUUGAUAAAAUUUAAUUUCCUUUGGAAAACGAAUGUUUUCUAGAUCUUCUUAAUUAUGCUGACUUUGUUCAAUUGAGCUUUCGAUAAACUAUCAUGCUUAUUCCCCUUUUUCAUCUGUAAUGAGUUGAAGUGACAAAACAUUCCAUUAUAUUCGAGUAACUUCUGGAUGAAUGACUGAUUCAGGAACCCACCUGAAACUAUAGUUGGCAUUGAAACUGUCAGUAUUCCUUAUAAAUAACAUCAACGCUUUGCAUUUAACCAAUGCUAAUAGUUUUAAGUGAAUCUCACUAGGUAAACGUUGAUGGAAGAUGAAGAUAACAAAUUUCAACUUGCCAAUGCAAAUUCGAAACCCUUCCUAAAUUGAGUAAAAAUCAGAAAAUCAAAAAUGUUUACAAUUCAUUCACUAGAGAUUGAAAUUUCUCCGAUAUAUACGUCAACAGUUAUAAAUUCAUUAUUAAAAAAUUCUGAUGCUUAACAUUUUAGUACAAUUCGAAUAACAUGGUGGCAGUCAGAUAUAAAGUGAGAUUUUUUAACUGUAAGCAUUGCAUUGGUUAAAUGGAACUCGGCGAUGCUAUUCAUGAUGAAUGCUCAUACAUUGAAGUGAAUCUCACGGCAGGAGCCGUUUCAUCGCCUAUUCUUCUCACACUACCACCAACAUUUACUAUGCAUUCAUUUAAAAACAUGGAACUUUAUCUAGUUUUUUCCAAUUUCAAUCAAUAUAUGAUAUGUGGUUUUCAAUUGUGAUUAAACUUUUAUUGAACCAGCGAUUCAAUAAAUUGAUUGAAGAUUCAUUUUAAUAUUCUGUUAUAUUUAAUAAAUAAUAUUGCUUCCUAUGGUAGGAUUUUUCCAAGGAUGGGCAAUUGUGUAUUGUAUGUAGAACUAGUUAACCUUAGAAGAUGUGUUGUAUAUAACUUAUUAUAUGUAUUACUUUUAUGUAUUCUGUUACCCGAUUAGGUAUAUAAUUUUUGUUGUGUGCUCCAUUCUAGGUGAUUUAUUGUAUAUUUUGUAUCAUAUUGUGAACUUUUUUCAGAAAUGUGUAUUUUUGGGUUUCGUACGAAUGUUUGAUUAUGUGAUGGUGAUUUUGCUUUUUCACUUGUCAUCUGCGUUUGUUUUUCUGUUUAAUAAAAUUUGAAAUAAUUCAUUUCAACUCGAAUGAUAAUGUAAGAUUAUAAGUAGAAGAAGGAAAUACCAUUACCAAAAAUUAUGUCAACCUUUUGCUGCUAUAUAUGAAUGCACUCAAUUACUAUUUCCUCAUUAUUCUAUUUAGGGUACAACGAUGUUUUUUCACUUCAUUGUAAAUGUAAAUCAAACACGUUUGACAAGUGAAAAAUUUAAAUUUUGAUCGAAUACUACUUGAAGAUUUCUCAGGUUAAUUACAUGAAGAACUGACACGCCUAGGUUUAGUUAAUAUUAUUUUUCAAGUUUAUUUUUAUUCUAUAUCAACAUAUUUGUAGUAUACCAUACAUCCCCCCUACUGCAUACCUAAUCAUUCAUAAUUACAAUGCAUGCUUAGUAGAAGAUAUUUGAUGUUUCAGUUGAUAAAUUAUGUAUCCCAAAUGAAAUUCUGUCAAUGAGGGUUUUCACUAGCUUCAGCCUCAAACUCGGACCGCAUUCAUGAACGAUUUUCAAGCAUGCUUGGACCCCUUCAUAGAUUUUCAGGGCCUUCAAAUAUUCUGUUCAUAAUGCUUAGAAAUGUUUGUAGGCCUCAAAGAACCUUUAUAUGGCCUUCCAACUUAACAUUCUAAUUAUGAAUCGAUGUAAGUAUCGUCACAUAUCAAUGUGAUGAUCGGUUUGCUUUUAUAAUAAACUAUUCAAUAUAAUUAUUAUUGAUGUAUUAGAAAAAAAUCAUGAGAUGUAAUUAUUGUUAAGAAACUAAAACAGAUUAUCUAAAUGUUUAUUAUAAUUGUCAUUUAAAAUGAUUAUUUAAUGAAAAUAUUCAUAUAUUAGUAGAGAAAGUCACGAGAUGUAAAUAUUGUUAAGACAUAAAUACCGAAUUCCUAAAUGUUAAUUGAAAACUUUAUAAUAUCAAUAUCAUUUUAUUAUGGUUAUAGUAAUGCAUGAAACCAUUUAGUAUUCACUGUCAAUGCAUGUUGAAUUUUUAGAAAGUGUCUGGAAUAUUAGAAUAUUUAUACAUUAUUUAUUAAUGUAUUAUUGGUGUCACCUAGUUAUGAAAUUUAUUGUAAGUUGGCACUUGUAAUAUUGGUAUUACAGAAGUGUAAGUUUAAUUUUUCAAAUCUAUGACUCACAGUUGAAGUGUUUGUUAUCUAUGUUCCAGUUACCAUUAUGUGUUUAGUUUAUGUAAAUGUUGUAUUGUCGGAAAAUAUUAUUCGUUCUAAAACA